CACUGGGGAGCGGGCUGGGUUCAGUUCCGGGGCUUGGAGCUGCUGCGUGCGCGGCGCGUUCGGCGGGAGCGAGGGGCUGAGGGCACGGCGGGACCAUGGCUCGCAACGCGGAGAAGGCCAUGACGGCCUUGGCAAGGUUUCGGCAAGCCCAGCUUGAGGAAGGAAAAGUCAAGGAGCGAAGGCCUUUCCUUGCCUCAGAGUGCAAUGAGCUGCCCAAAGCUGAGAAGUGGAGGAGACAGAUCAUUGGGGAGAUUUCCAAGAAAGUGGCACAGAUCCAAAAUGCUGGAUUGGGUGAAUUCAGAAUUCGGGACCUGAACGAUGAGAUAAACAAACUCCUGAGGGAGAAAGGACACUGGGAAUACAGAAUAAAGGAGCUGGGAGGUCCAGAUUAUGCUAGGAUUGGCCCGAAAAUGUUAGAUCAUGAAGGGAAAGAGGUUCCAGGAAACAGAGGCUACAAAUACUUUGGGGCUGCAAAGGAUUUGCCAGGAGUAAGAGAACUUUUUGAGAAGGAACCCCUGCCACCCCCACGGAAGACUCGGGCUGAGCUUAUGAAGGACAUUGAUGCCGAGUACUAUGGCUACAGGGAUGAAGAUGAUGGGAUUCUGGAGCCCCUGGAGCAGGAGCAUGAGAAGAAAGUUAUAGCAGAAGCAGUGGAAAAAUGGAAGAUGGAGAGAGAAGCACGACUUGCAAGAGGCGAGGAGGAGGAGGAAGAAAACAUCUAUGCUGUCCAUGAGGAAGAGUCUGAUGAGGAAGGUGGCAAGGAGAGAGAAGGUGAAGACGGCCAACAGAAAUUUAUUGCACACGUUCCAGUGCCAACUCAACAGGAGAUUGAGGAAGCUCUUGUACGAAGAAAGAAGAUGGAGCUGCUCCAGAAGUACGCCAGUGAAACCCUGCUGGCACAGAGUGAGGAGGCAAAGACACUGCUGGGAUUGUAACAGUGCACAGUGUCUGGUCAGUGUGCAAUCCCUCUGAAAGCAGCAGGUUCCUCAGUUCUGGUAGCAAUGGGUUUUAGCUUUGCAAGUUCCUGUGGAUGUGGAGCAGACUGCUGGAAUUACAGUCUGGUGUGCAGGAGGACCAUCACUGGUUUCUCCACUAGGAUGACUUGUGCUCCAGUGCUGGAGAAGGUAAACCUUGGUGAACUUGUCUGCAUCUAGUAGCUGCCUUCAGUGCUUUCAGUUUGGGAAAAGGUCUGUGCAGUGGGGCCUCCUGCAGAUAGAACCACACCCAGUGAGCUCCUCAAUCCUGGAAGAAAACCCAUGGUGUUCCUGCCAUCCUGUCUGCUCUGUCCUGACUCUCAGUGUGCACAUCUUCUCAUGCUGGGUAUUGUUGAGCUGAGAAGUAACUCACACUAUUACACCUGCUUCAUUUACCAGAAUAACCUGGAACCUGUCUAGAGGGGCCUCGAAGGCAGAUCUGAGGAGUGACUUUGGAGAUUUGAUUCUUUCUAAAACACAUGCAAUGUCUAAAACCUGUUACCUUUUUUGUGGUUUGUAACUGUGCCCAGAUGAAUGCUUAAAUGCUGGAUAUUCCAGCAGCUACUGUAAAAAACUUUGCAAUACCUUGUUCAAAUUUUUUUAUUAAAACUUAUUUACAACCUGAUGUCUGUUUUAUUCUAGCUCAAAGGAUUGCGAUGAUUCUCUAGUGGUAGCCAAAGACUGGGAUCAUAGCCAGCCAUCCCUGUAGGGAUUGAAGCUCUGCAUCCCCUGCUGCUCUUGGCUUGUGAAUCCUGGGACAAGAGGCAAGGUAGAGCCUGGUCAAAG